UUUAUUUUAUUUUUUUGCCAUGCUGCUCACGCUCAAUUAAAGGGCCAGUACGCCGUUGAAAGAUUUAAAUGAAGAUGAGAUGACAAAUAUAUAUAUAUAAUGUAUAUAUUGCACAGAAAAAUAUAUUUCUAGAGUAGUGAAUUUCAUAUCCAGUUAAUGUUAAUAUAUAAAAAAGUUGAUAUUAUAUAUUACCAGUUUGAUGUCAGUGAUGAAGUAGAAAUGCUUUUGUUUGUGGUGAGUGAAUGUGAGACUAACAGGAGGUUUUUUAAAAUUCAGUCAAUGUUAAUAGGAAUUAAUAACAUUCAAUAAGUGAAGAAAUCUUACUUUAAUCUUCAGAAUUGAGUUCAUGUGUUAAUGUUAAUUAGAAUAAUGUGUGAAAACACAUUUUUAUGAGACCAGUUACUGUCAAACAACUUGUUGAAAUGGAGAGAAUAAAGUUUUUAUUUGCAUUUCUUUCAGAAUUCUAAAAGGCAGAACUGUCUGUAUCGGUUAUCGGCCGAUAUCACUCUGAAUAAUCAGUUAUCGGUAUCGGCUGAGAAAUUUACAUACACUACAUCAGAUCUGCUCAUGAAUCAGACCUGUCCCAGUUUAAACUCUGUUCAAAUGUGCCUAGAAGUGAGCACAGAGAGCAACACAGAGAGUAACUUAGUGAUGUGUGCAUCCACCUGUGAGAAGAAUGAGCAGAAAGUCCUGAGUGUCCCUGAGCAACAGGCUCAUUAAUGCAAACACUGGGUUACUAUGGAGCCUAAGAGGGGCACAAUGAGUUUGUAUGGACUUCACACUAUAAUCACUGAUCAGCGCCACAGCAAACAUGGACGAGUCUCCAGUUGAGGAGAAAAGAUUCGAGUUUAUAGAGGAGUAUGUACUAAAAACACUGCGAUUAAAAAAGGACCGCUGGCAAAAAUGCGUGAGCGUGGAGGAGCAGAAACAAGUAAUCCAGGACUUUUUGGAUAAACCCGACCACACGACGCUUGUUGUGUACCUGAAUGCCGCCGGACAACUUGUACCUACUAAUGGAUUUGCAGCGAUUUCGAAGAAUAAAGCUGUUUAUUUUAUUAAACAAAGCCAAACUGCUCUGUCGUUUGACACCAUAAAGGCGGACUUGAUGUACGGAGACAUGUCCUACUCGCCCCUGGAGCAGUUCUCAGCCUUCGUCGAAGAGGUUGUGGCUCCAGUGUUGCUCAACAACGAUAACCACUACCAAUGGCCUCACGUCAUGUCUCAGGACCUAAUGCGACACGUCCAUGCCCUGAAAUCCAGUGUGUUUAUGAUGUCUGGACAAGUCAAAGGCAAAACUCUCCUUCCUCUUCCUGCAGGAUCAGAGAGAAUUGAACAAGCAGCUUUUGAAAGAGAAAUGAGGGGAGAUCUGGUGGAUAAGAGUAUCAUCCACUCCAUUGAAUCCAUGGUGAUUGAGUGGAGUCAUCAGAUUCAUGAGGUUCUCAAGAGAGACUCGUCUGAGCCUUUGCUGGAGGGCGAAAACCCCACGCCACAUGUAGAGCUCAACUUUUGGAGGAAUAGGUAUGCUGACCUUGAGUGUAUACACAACCAAUUUAAGUCACCCAAAGUGACCAAAAUGGCUGAACUCUUGGACGCAAUGGAGAGUAGUUACUAUCCUGCUUUUAUAAACAUGCUACAGCUUGUAAAUGGAGCUUUGGAGGAAGCGAGGGACAUCAAUAUCUUCCUGAAGCCUUUAGAGCGUCUUACAGAAGAUUUGGAGAACACAGAUUUCACCGACGUGAAAGCCAGACUUGCGCCCCUCAUGCACACGGUGUGUCUAGUGUGGGCCAGCUCCAAGUACUAUAACACUCCAGCCAGAGUAAUUGUGCUUUUACAAGAGUUCUGCAACCUGCUCAUUCAAAAGGCUCGGAGCCAUCUCAAUCCAGAGGACAUCCUGAAAGGUGAUGUGGUGGAAAGUCUUUCAUGCAUGGAAAGUACUCUGGAUGUACUUACACACUUCAAGGAAAUCUUCAAUGAGAAACGAAACAGCUUGACUCAGUACCAGAGAAACGGGAUGGAAGUAAAGCCUUGGGACUUCUCGCCUUCCAUGGUGUUUUCUGGACUGGAUCGUUUCACAGAGCGUCUAAAGGCAAUCGAGACUUUACUGCUGACUGUGGUCGAUAUGAUGAAACUGGAGAAGGUGGAAUUCGGAGGCGUUCGUGGACGAGCUCUUAGUCAGCAGGUUGCGUGGCUACAUGAGGAGUUCCUGGAGAGAUACAAACUGUUCACAGAGAAGUCUUCUGACUGCCUUGAUGUUUGCAAUGCGGAGUUUGAGGCAGAUUUAGCCGAAUUUGAAUGUAAAGUGAAAGACACAGAUCGACGCCUCGGUGCAAUUUUCUGCCAGGCGUUUGAUGAUGCUUCAGGGCUCGAGCAUGCCUUCAAGGUUUUGGACAUGUUUGGCAGUCUGCUCGAACGCCCUCUAAUAGCAGCUGAUGCUCAGAAGAGAUACCCGGUGCUAGUGAAAAUGUUUGACAAGGAGCUCGACUGCUGCAAGGCACUCUACAAAAAACACACACAGACCGAGGAGCAGCUGGGUUACCCGCCGGUCAGUAGGAACAUGCCAGUGGUAGCAGGUGGAUUGAAAUGGGCACAGCAAUUACAAGAGCGCAUCCAGAUCCCGUACAACAACUUCCAGUACAUCAUGCACCCGUGCAUGGAAUCAGCCGAUGGAGAAAAAGUCAUGCAGAAAUAUGAGGAAAUGAUGCUGCUGCUUAAACGGUAUUCCACUAAGCUUUAUAACAGAUGGACUGAAUCAGUGGGUGAAAAAUCCCAGUAUAAUCUCAACCAGCCCCUGAUAUCCAGAGACCCAGUGUCUAAACUUAUCAGUGUCAACUUCAACCCACAGUUGGUGUCAGUACUACGAGAGGUAAAGUACCUGGAGGCCAGGCAAGACGAGGAUAUUCCAGAUCUCGCUGCUGAUAUUUACUCCAACAAAGAGCUGCUCUGGCAGUACAUAGCUAACCUGGAUCUCAUGACUGGCUGGUACAACAAAGUGAUGGGGACGGUGCUGGAGGUGGAGUUCCCUCUGAUCCAGAACCAGCUGAAAGACAUUGACAUCAAACUGAAGGAUGCUGAAGACACCAUCAACUGGACAAGCAAAGGAAUCUGGGAGUACAUCCAAGAUGUGCGUGAGGCAGUACACGAUCUUGAAAAGCGACUUCAGAGGACAAAAGACAAUGUGGAAAAGAUCCAGAGCAUUAUGAAGAAUUGGACGCAUCCCAUAUUUGAGAGGAAGGAUGGAAAGAAAGACAGUCUGCUCAACUUGGAGGACAAGCAAGAGCGUUUGGAGAAAACCUAUGGCCAGAUCCGUACCUCUGGCACCAUGCUCCAUUUCUUACUGAAUGAUAACUUGAAACUGUUCCAAGUGGAUCCCUCAUCAGCUGAAUGGAGGUCCUAUGUGGAGUACAUUGAUGAAAUGGUUAUAGAUGGAUUCUUCAACAGCAUUGAAAGCUCCCUCAAAUUCUUUUUGGACAAUACUGACGAGACACCUGGAUUGGCUCCACUUUUUGAAGUCCAUCUAAAUCUAGAGGUUCCUGACAUAGUUUUCCAUCCACCCCUUGAGUUUGGGGCUGCUGAUGGCUUCUAUGAUCUAGUGGAGGGUCUCAUCAAUGAUGUCUACAGGAUCUCCUCUCUAGUCCCACGACUGGCUGAGUAUAACAGCUUUCCACAUUACCAGGCUGAAAUGGAGGAAAUGGCAGAUCUUGCAGACAUGCGUCAGCUUCUAAUGGACCGAGUGCAGAGGGUCAUGGUGAAAUGUUGUGAGCACCGUAAUGCGUUCGAACGUUACGGCUACCUCUACGUUGACGACCGGAAGGAGUUUAUGAGGCAGUUCUUGCUCUAUGGCCACAUCCUCACAAACGAGGAGAUCGAGGCGCACGCAGUGGACGGAGUCCCUGAAAACCCCCCGACCCUGGAGCGCUUCCGUGAGCAAGUGGACUCUUACGAGAGUGUGUACGAAGAAGUGCAGAAGCUAGAGCCUGUCUGCGUGUUCGAAGGCUGGAUGAGAGUGGACGCACGGGCCUUCAAAAGCGCUCUGCUCAAUAUUAUCAAAAAGUGGAGCCUUAUGUUCAAACAGCAUCUUAUCGACCAUGUGACACACAGUUUGUCAGAUCUAGAAGAGUUUAUUAAGGUAACCGAGACUGGCCUUAGCAGGAAGGUGGGAGAGGGAGACUAUGCUGCGCUGGUGGAGAUUAUGGGUCACUUAAUGGCAGUGAAAGAGCGACAGAGUGCCACGGAUGAAAUGUUUGAGCCUCUGCGGCACACCAUUGAUCUCCUGAAGACAUAUGAGCAGGAACUUUCUGAAGUGGUGUAUAAACAGCUAGAGGAGCUGCCAGAGAAGUGGACAGCCAUGAAGAAGCAAGCUGUAGUGAUGAAGCAACAUGUGGCGCCACUGCAGGCCAAUGAGGUGGCUAACCUGCGCCGAAGGUGCGCCGGAUUCGACGUACAGCAGCACGUUUUCAGGGAGCAGUUCCGCACCAAAGGACCUUUUAGGUUUGACAGCGCAAACCCUUACCACAUGCUAAACAUAGCACACAAACAGAUUGAGGAGAAAGAAUCAGUUAUGACUGCACUCACUGAGUCAGCCAGCCUGUUUGAAGUCAACGUCCCUGACUACAAGCAACUCAAGCUGUGUCGUAAAGAGGUGUCCAUCCUUAAAGAGCUGUGGGAUAUGAUAAUGGCGAUGAGGUUCAGUCUUGACUCCUGGCGCACCACACCAUGGAGGGACAUCAACGUGGAUGACAUGGAGAUGGAGUGCAAGCGCGUCUCCAAGGAACUGCGGGCUCUGGACAAAGAGGCACGAGCAUGGGAUGCUUUCAGUGGUCUGGAGGGCAUUGUGAGAAACACAUUGACAUCACUGCGUGCCGUAGCCGAGCUACAGAACCCAGCCAUCCGACCCAGGCACUGGCAACAGCUGAUGAUGGCCACGGGAGUCCGAUUCACCAUGGACCGAGACACCACGCUGGCCGAUCUGCUGGACCUAAAUUUGCACUGCUUUGAGGAUGAGGUGAGGGCCAUCGUGGACCGGGCUGUGAAGGAAAUGGGCAUGGAGAAGGUCCUGAGUGAGCUGGAUGCCACUUGGACGGCAAUGGAGUUUGGCUACGAGUCACACCCUCGCACCAGUGUCCAACUGCUCAAGGCGGACGAGGAGCUGGUUGAGACACUGGAAGACAACCAGGUACAGCUGCAGAACCUCAUGUCUUCCAAGUACAUCGCCUUCUUUCUGGACGAAGUGUCGUCUUGGCAGCGCCGGCUCUCAGCGGCUGACUCGGUGAUCUCCAUCUGGUUUGAAGUUCAGAGGACUUGGUCCCACUUGGAGAGCAUUUUCAUUGGCUCAGAGGACAUCCGCUCACAGUUACCUGAGGAUUCCAAGCGCUUUGAAGGCAUUGACACAGAUUUCAAAGAGCUGGCUUAUGAUGCUCAUAAAACGCCCAACGUUGUGGAGGCCACCAAUAAACCCGGGCUUUACAACAGACUGGAGGACAUUCAGAGCAGGCUGGCUCUCUGUGAGAAAGCUCUGGCUGAAUAUCUGGAUACAAAGCGGCUGGCUUUCCCCAGGUUCUACUUCAUCUCGUCUGCCGAUCUGCUGGAUAUUCUGUCCAAUGGCACCAACCCUCAGCAGGUUCAAAGGCAUCUGUCUAAGCUGUUUGACAAUAUGGCGAAGAUGGAGUUUGAAAACGAUGGCGAGGGCAACCCCAGUAAAUCGGGGCUGGGCAUGUACAGCAAAGAGGACGAGUAUGUUCCUUUCAAUGAGCCCUGCGACUGCACUGGCCAGGUUGAGUUAUGGCUGAAUAGAGUUCUGGAUACGAUGCGUACUACUGUGCGCCACGAGAUGACAGAGGCUGUUGUAGCAUACGAGGAGAAACCGAGAGAACAGUGGCUGUUUGACUAUCCUGCUCAGGUUGCACUCACCUGUACUCAGAUCUGGUGGACCACUGACGUCGGCAUGGCCUUCGCCAGGCUCGAGGAGGGUUAUGAGAACGCUAUGAAGGACUAUUAUAAGAAACAAGUGAGCCAGCUGAAUACGCUCAUCACCAUGCUGAUUGGACAGCUCAGCCCUGGAGACAGACAGAAGGUCAUGACCAUCUGCACUAUAGAUGUCCACGCCAGAGACGUAGUGGCAAAGAUCAUCGCCCAGAAGGUGGAGAACUCGCAGGCGUUCGUAUGGCUGUCCCAACUGCGCCACCGUUGGGACGAGGGGGAGAGGCAUUGCUUCGCCAACAUCUGUGAUGCCCAGUUUCUCUACUCCUACGAGUACCUGGGCAACACGCCACGUCUCGUCAUCACGCCGCUCACAGACAGAUGCUACAUCACACUGACCCAGUCCCUCCAUCUGACCAUGAGCGGAGCCCCAGCUGGUCCGGCAGGCACGGGGAAAACCGAGACCACCAAGGACCUGGGCCGAGCGCUCGGCAUCAUGGUGUACGUCUUCAACUGCUCCGAGCAGAUGGACUACAAGUCCUGUGGCAACAUCUACAAAGGCCUGGCGCAGACAGGCGCCUGGGGCUGCUUCGAUGAGUUUAACAGGAUCUCAGUGGAGGUGCUGUCUGUGGUCGCGGUGCAGGUAAAAAGUAUCCAGGAUGCCAUUCGGGAUAAGAAGAAACGUUUUAACUUCAUGGGUGAGGAAGUGAACCUGGUUCCUUCUGUGGGUAUCUUUAUCACGAUGAAUCCAGGCUACGCCGGCAGGACGGAGCUGCCUGAGAAUCUGAAAGCUCUCUUUCGGCCCUGUGCCAUGGUAGUGCCGGACUUUGAACUCAUCUGUGAGAUCAUGUUGGUAGCAGAAGGCUUUAUCGAGGCCAGACUGUUGGCCAGGAAGUUCAUCACACUCUACCAGCUCUGCAAGGAGCUUCUGUCCAAACAGGAUCACUACGACUGGGGAUUGCGAGCCAUCAAGUCUGUGCUGGUGGUGGCCGGGUCUCUGAAGAGAGGCGAUCCAGAACGGCCCGAGGAUCAAGUGCUCAUGAGGGCGCUGAGAGAUUUUAACGUGCCCAAGAUAGUGACUGAUGACAUGCCCGUCUUCAUGGGUCUCAUUGGAGACCUGUUCCCUGCUCUGGAUGUCCCCCGUAAGAGGGACCUGGACUUUGAGAAGUUCGUCAAACAGUCUGUACUGGACCUCAAACUGCAGGCCGAAGACAACUUUGUGCUUAAGGUGGUUCAGCUAGAGGAGCUGUUGGCUGUUCGACACUCCGUGUUUGUGGUUGGCAACGCCGGCACGGGCAAAUCACAAGUACUCAAGUCUCUCCACAAAACCUACCAGAACAUGAAGCGCAGGCCCGUAUGGGCCGACCUUAACCCCAAAGCUGUCACCAAUGAUGAGCUUUUCGGCAUCAUAAACCCAGCCACAAGAGAGUGGAAAGACGGGCUGUUUUCUAAUAUCAUGCGCGAGUUGGCCAACAUCAGCCACGCCGGGCCCAAGUGGAUUGUGCUGGACGGAGAUAUCGAUCCAAUGUGGAUUGAGUCUUUGAACACAGUAAUGGACGAUAACAAGGUGCUGACUCUGGCCAGUAAUGAGCGGAUUCCUCUGAACCCCACGAUGAGGCUGGUGUUCGAGAUUAGCCACCUCCGCACUGCUACCCCUGCUACAGUCUCCAGAGCAGGUAUAUUGUACAUCAACCAAGCGGAUUUAGGAUGGAAUCCACCAGUGACCAGUUGGAUUGACAGGAGAGAAAUUCAGUCUGAGAAAGCCAAUCUGACCAUUUUGUUUGACAAGUACCUCCCACCAUGCCUCGAUACUCUCAGAUCAAGAUUUAAAAAAAUCAUCCCGGUUCCGGAGCAGAGUAUGGUCCAGAUGCUGUGCCACCUCUUAGAAUGUCUGCUAACCCCCGAGCACACUCCUCCAGACUGCCAUAAAGAACUCUACGAGCUCUACUUUGUCUUCGCUGCCAUCUGGGCCUUCGGUGGGGCUCUAUUUCAAGAUCAGCUGGUUGAUUACAGAGUGGAGUUCAGUAAGUGGUGGGUUACUGAGUUCAAAACCAUCAAGUUCCCCUCUCAAGGCACCGUGUUUGACUACUACAUCGACCCGGAGACGAAGAAGUUUGAGCCGUGGUCUAAGAUGGUGCCUAAGUUUGAAAUGGAUCCAGAUAUACCUCUACAGGCGUGUCUGGUGCACACCACAGAGACCAUUCGGGUGAGCUACUUUAUGGAUCGUCUUUUGGAAAAGAGAAGGCCUGUCAUGCUCGUAGGAAACGCCGGCACUGGCAAAUCUGUGCUUGUAGGCAGCAAACUUAGUUCCUUAGACCCUGAAAAAUACACCAUCAAAAACGUCCCCUUCAACUACUACACCACGUCAGCCAUGCUGCAAGCCGUCUUGGAAAAACCUUUAGAGAAGAAAGCAGGAAGGAACUACGGCCCUCCAGGAAGCAAGAGACUCGUCUACUUUAUCGACGACAUGAACAUGCCGGAAGUGGACGCCUACGGCACGGUGCAACCUCACACGCUAAUCCGCCAACACAUGGACUACAAUCACUGGUACGAUAGAAGUAAGCUGCAGCUGAAGGAGAUCCACAACGUGCAGUACGUGUCCUGCAUGAACCCCACAGCGGGAAGCUUCACUAUUAAUCCACGUCUUCAGCGCCAUUUCUCUGUGUUCGCGCUCUCGUUCCCUGGAGUGGAGGCUCUCAACACCAUCUACUGCAGCAUUCUGAGCCAGCACCUGAGUGGCGAAGGAUUCAGCAGCGUGCUUCAAAAAAGCUGCGGCCAGCUCGUCCAGCUGGCUCUGGCAUUUCAUCAGCGCGUGAGUGCCACCUUCCUGCCCACCGCCAUCAAAUUCCACUACAUCUUCAACCUGCGUGACCUCUCAAACAUAUUCCAGGGCAUUCUCUUCUGUAAAAGUGAGUGUGUCAAGACACCUCAGGACCUGGUGAAGAUUUACCUCCAUGAGUCCAACCGAGUUUAUCGGGACAAGAUGGUGGAAGACAAGGACUUUACCACUUUUGAUAAGCUGCAGUCUGAAAUAGUGGGAAAGUUUUAUGAGGACAUGGAGGAGGCUCUUGCGGAGGCCAAGGUGAUGAAUAUGUACUGCCAUUUCGCCUCGGGCAUUGGCGAGCCAAAAUACAUGCCAGUGAAUUCCUGGGAAAGCCUGAACAAAACCCUUCUGGAGGCUCUCGACAGCUACAACGAGGUCAACGCUGCACUCAAUCUCGUUCUCUUCGAGGAUGCCAUGUGUCAUAUCUGUCGCAUCAACCGCAUCCUGGAGUCUCCCAGGGGAAACGCCUUGCUGGUCGGGGUGGGCGGGAGUGGCAAGCAGAGCCUGACAAGACUGGCAGCCUUCAUCAGCUCCCUUGAGGUCUUCCAGAUUACUCUGAAGAAAGGAUACAGCAUUACCGAUCUCAAGAGCGAUUUGGCCACACUGUACAUCAAAGCUGGGGUGAAGAAUGUUGGCACGGUGUUCCUCAUGACAGAUGCCCAGGUUGCAGAUGAGAAGUUCCUUGUGUUAGUCAAUGAUCUUUUGGCAUCAGGUGAGAUCCCAGACCUGUUCCCUGAUGACGAGGUGGAGAACAUCAUUAACGGUUUGAGGAAUGAGGUGCGCGGCCUGGGCCUCCUGGACACCAGGGAGAACUGCUGGAAAUUCUUCAUCGACCGCGUCCGCCGGCAGCUCAAGGUGGCCCUGUGCUUCUCCCCAGUGGGUAACAAGUUGAGGGUGCGCAGCAGGAAGUUCCCAGCUGUGGUGAAUUGCACUGCCAUCGACUGGUUCCACGAGUGGCCACAGGAGGCGCUGGAGUCAGUCAGCAUGAGGUUCCUCCAGGAGGUGGAGCACAUUGAGCCACAAGUGAAGGACUCAGUAAGUAAGUUUAUGGCUUAUGUCCACGUCAGCGUCAACAAAAUCUCGAAGGACUACCUGGUCAAUGACAGGCGAUACAACUACACUACACCCAAGUCCUUCCUGGAGCAGAUCAAACUGUACAGGAACCUGCUGGCUCUCAAGAGGAAGGACCUCAGCAUGAAAAUGGAGAGACUAGAAAAUGGCCUGCAGAAGCUCAACAGCACCUCGGCUCAGGUGGAUGACCUGAAGGCCAAGCUGGCCGCUCAGGAGGUGGACCUGAAGCAGAAGAAUGAGGAUGCAGACAAGCUAAUUCAGGUGGUAGGGGUGGAGACAGAGAAGGUGAGUCGGGAAAAGGCUGUGGCUGAUGAGGAGGAGCAAAAGGUGGCCAGCAUCGCUGAAGUUGUGGGCAGAAAGCAGAGGGACUGCGAGACGGAUUUGGCCAAGGCUGAGCCUGCUCUCAUAGCAGCCCAGGAAGCCCUCAACACACUGAACAAGAACAACCUGACAGAGCUGAAGUCCUUCGGCUCUCCCGUGGCUGCCGUCACCAACGUGACUGCUGCCGUCAUGGUCCUGAUGGCUCCUGGGGGCAAAGUUCCGAAAGACCGCAGCUGGAAAGCAGCUAAAGUCAUGAUGGCUAAAGUCGACACCUUCCUGGACUCACUGAUCAACUUCAACAAGGAGAACAUCCAUGAAAACUGCCUGAAAGCCAUCCAGCCCUACCUGCAGGAUCCAGAGUUCAAACCAGAGCUGGUGGCGGCAAAGUCCUAUUCCGCAGCAGGCCUCUGUUCCUGGGUCAUUAACAUUGUAAAGUUCUAUGAGGUUUACUGCGAAGUGGAGCCCAAGAGACAAGCCCUGAACAAGGCUAAUGCAGAGCUAGCUUCUGCUCAGGAGAAACUCUCAGUCAUUAAAGCAAAAAUCAAUCUCCUUAAUGAGAACUUGGCAAAGCUGACAGCAAAAUUUGAGAAAGCCACAGCAGACAAGUUGAAGUGCCAACAAGAGGCCGAAACCACAGCACGCACAAUCUCUCUUGCCAACCGCCUGGUUGGAGGUUUGGCGUCGGAGAACGUGCGCUGGGCCGAGGCGGUGGCGAGCUUCAAGCAUCAGGAGAGGACUCUGUGUGGGGAUGUUCUUCUCAUCACUGCCUUUGUUUCUUAUCUGGGCUACUUCACCAAGCGCUACCGCCUCGAACUAAUGGACAAUACCUGGAGGCCUUAUCUUAGCCAGCUUACAGUGCCUAUCCCAGUCACACCAGGUCUGGACCCUCUCACUAUGCUGAUGGACGAUGCAGAUCUCGCCACCUGGCAGAACGAAGGGCUUCCGGCCGAUCGGAUGUCCACUGAGAAUGCCACCAUCUUAACCAGCUGUGAGCGCUGGCCACUCAUGGUGGACCCCCAACUCCAGGGGAUAAAAUGGAUUAAGAACAAAUAUGGAGAUGACCUUCGGGUCAUUAGGAUUGGACAGAGAGGAUAUCUAGACUCGAUUGAGAGGGCCUUAUCUGCAGGUGAGGUUGUCCUUAUUGAAAACCUGGAGGAGACUGUCGAUCCAGUGCUUGGGCCCCUACUUGGCCGAGAAACGAUAAAGAAAGGACGCUACAUAAAGAUUGGUGACAAGGAGUGCGAGUACAACCCUAGUUUCCGGCUCAUCCUCCACACCAAGCUUGCUAACCCCCACUACCAGCCGGAGUUGCAGGCCCAGUGUACGCUGGUCAACUUCACAGUGACGCGGGACGGCCUGGAAGACCAGCUCCUGGCUGCUGUUGUCAGCAUGGAGAGACCUGACCUGGAGGAGCUCAAGUCGAACCUCACAAAGCAGCAGAACGGCUUCAAGAUCACGUUGAAAACUCUGGAAGACAACCUCCUCUCGCGCCUGUCUUCAGCUUCUGGAAAUUUCCUGGGAGACACAGAACUGGUUGAGAACUUGGAGAUAACCAAACGCACAGCUGCUGAGAUCGAAGAGAAGGUGAAAGAGGCAAAGGUGACAGAAGCUAAAAUCAACGAGGCGAGAGAGCACUACCGUCCGGCGGCUGCCCGCGCCUCUCUCCUCUACUUCAUCAUGAACGACCUGAACAAAAUCCAUCCCAUGUACCAGUUUGCUCUCAAGGCCUUCAGUGUGGUUUUCCAGAAAGCUGUAAUGAAGGCAGCUCCAGACGAGGUGCUGAAGCAAAGGGUUUUAAAUCUGAUCGACAGCAUCACAUUCUCCGUGUUUCAGUACACCACCCGCGGCCUUUUCGAAUGCGACAAACUCACAUACACGGCGCAGCUCGCAUUUCAGAUUUUAGUGAUGAAUAAGGAAAUCAACACUAAUGAGCUGGAUUUUCUGCUGAGGUACCCCGUCCAGCCUGGUGUAACAUCCCCCGUCGACUUCCUGUCUCAUCAUUCAUGGGGAGGAAUCAAGGCACUUUGUACGAUGGAUGAGUUCCGUAACCUAGACCGGGACAUCGAGGGCUCAGCAAAGCGCUGGAAGAAGUUUGUGGAGUCGGAGUGUCCAGAGAAAGAGAAAUUCCCUCAAGAGUGGAAGAAUAAGACCUCGCUGCAGAGGCUGUGCAUGAUGCGAGCGCUACGACCUGACAGAAUGACGUAUGCUGUCAGAGAUUUUGUGGAAGAAAAGCUGGGAAGUAAGUAUGUGAUGAGUCGAACAGUAGAUUUUGCCAUCUCCUUUGAAGAAUCCGGAGCUGCCACGCCCAUAUUCUUCAUCCUCUCUCCUGGAGUCGAUCCCCUAAAGGACGUGGAGAAACAUGGUCGAAAGCUGGGCUACACGUUUGACAAUAAAAACCUCCACAACGUGUCUCUUGGCCAGGGUCAGGAGGUGGUGGCUGAAAAAACUUUGGACCUUGCUGCACAUGAAGGCCACUGGGUAAUAUUACAGAACAUACAUCUGGUGGCCAAGUGGCUGGGCACUCUGGAGAAGAAGCUGGAGCAGCACGGUGACGCCAGCCACCAGGACUUCAGAGUGUUCAUCAGUGCCGAGCCUUCGUCUUCCCCCGAGGGUCACAUCAUCCCACAGGGUAUUCUCGAGAACUCCAUCAAAAUCACCAACGAACCACCGCUGGGCAUGCAUGCCAACCUGCACAAAGCUUUGGAUAACUUCAACCAGGACACGCUGGAGAUGUGCACUCGUGAAAAUGAGUUUAAAAGCAUCCUGUUUGCGCUGUGCUACUUCCACGCCGUGGUGGCUGAGAGGCGAAAGUUUGGACCUCAAGGCUGGAACAGGAGCUAUCCGUUCAACACCGGCGACCUGACCAUCUCCGUCAACGUCCUCUACAACUAUCUGGAGGCCAACAGUAAGGUGCCAUACGACGACCUUCGCUACCUCUUUGGAGAGAUAAUGUACGGUGGCCACAUCACUGACGACUGGGACCGCAGGUUGUGCCGCACCUACCUGGAGGAGUUCAUCAAACCGGAGAUGAUGGAGGGGGAGCUGUACCUGGCCCCAGGCUUCCCACUGCCUGGGCACAUGGAUUACAACGGCUAUCACCAGUACAUCGAUGAAGCACUGCCUGCAGAGUCGCCUUAUCUGUACGGCCUACACCCCAAUGCUGAGAUCGGUUUCUUAACUCAGACGUCAGAGAAGCUCUUCCGCACCGUUCUUGAGAUGCAGCCCAGAGACGGAGGCUCUGGGGAAGGCAGCGGCACCUCACGAGACGAGAAGGUGAAAACUGUCCUGGAUGAGAUCCUCGAGAAGCUUCCAGAAGAGUUUAACAUGACAGAGCUGAUGGGGAAGGUGGAGGAGAGGAGCCCAUAUGUGGUAGUGGCCCUGCAAGAGUGUGAGCGUAUGAACAUCUUGACACAGGAGAUCAAACGCUCACUCAAAGAGCUCAAUCUUGGUCUGAAGGGCGAGCUCACAAUGACCGGUGAAAUGGAGAACCUCCAGAACGCCAUCUACCUGGAGCUGGUUCCUGACUCAUGGAGUAAACGUGCGUACGCGUCCACGUGUGGCCUGACGCUCUGGUUCACCGAUCUGCUGUGCCGAAUCCGUGAGCUGGAGAGCUGGACUUCAGACUUCAGCCUGCCCUCUGCCGUUUGGCUCGCCGGCUUCUUCAACCCUCAGUCCUUCCUUACAGCUAUCAUGCAGUCCACAGCGCGUCGAAACGAGUGGCCGCUUGACAAGAUGAGCCUGCAGUGCGAUGUCACCAAGAAGAACCGCGAAGAGUUCAGCUCUCCGCCACGUGAGGGAGCGUAUGUACAUGGCCUCUUCAUGGAGGGAGCACGAUGGGAUACACAGGCUGGUGUGAUCGUCGACGCCCGUCUGAAAGAACUCACCCCCGCCAUGCCAGUCAUCUUCAUCAAGGCUGUACCCGUAGACAAGCAAGAGACGCGCAACGUCUACCAGUGUCCUGUCUACAAGACCAAACAGAGAGGACCUAGCUACGUGUGGACAUUUAACCUGAAAACCAAAGAGAAUCCGUCCAAAUGGACCCUGGCAGGAGUGGCAUUGCUUCUGCAGAUAUAGAGCGUAACCACGUAUGUAUAUAGAUAAUCUUAGCAAAAC